AUGCCUAUAGCCACUGUAAGCUUCGCAGCAGCAUUCACUAUGCCUGGUGGAUACAACAACGGUGGCCCAGAUAAAGGCAUGCCAAUCUUUAAAGACAAGCUAGUUUUCAAAGCAUUUGUGGUAUCUGAUGCUCUAGCAUUUGCCUUUUCUUUGGGAGGGGUAAUUCUUCACUCAAGUGCAGCAAAAAACAAUCGUGCUCGUGUUCGAUACAAUAAAAUUCAACAAAAACUAAUUGCAAGUGCCAUUAUAGCACUGGCAAUUGCAUUUGCUUCAGGCAUAUACAUAGUGCUGACCAAAUCAAAUGGACUAGGCUGGACUGGUUAUAUAAUUCUUGCUUGCCUGUUUUUAGUUUACCAGAUAGAUAUAGAUCACUAA